AUGAGUCCAUCACCUAGAUCUGUAUCUCCUUAUAGAGGUAGAGACAGGUCAGCCAACCGAGAGUCGUAUCGCAAUCCAUCGCCGCCUUCUCGUUCUUCACAACCCCCAAAAGGGUUCAUGAACCCAGAGCGAGAGCGGAUGUUGUCUUCACAAUCAAGAGAUGAUGGUGGAAAAAGAUAUACCAACAACCGAAACAAUAAUGAUGGCAACAGUCAUCAAUACCAUAGAGAUUCCGACCGAUCUAGAGAUCGUCGUGAUUCUCAUCCAAACCAUCACCAUUCCCCUCAGAAUAAUGAUGGAUAUCGAGAUAAUGGCCGCAAAGACUAUAAUAGACCCAAUCAGAGUCAACAGAGUGCUGAAUACUUUGAAUUGCGGAAAAGGCAAAGAGAGGCUAGUGAUGUGACAGUAUGGGCCAGAUCCCCCGAUGUUGUUCCGCUACGUGAUGCUUCACCCGUCCACAGACUCAAAUCACGGAAGCGAUCAAAGCACGAUACUGAAACUGACAGUGCGUCUGAAUCUGAUACUAGUGAUGAUCAUAGGAAUAAAAGACGAGGCCAAAAAAAGCGAGAAAGGUCCAGCCGAUCACACAAAUCAAAGAAAUCAAAAAGCAAAAAGUCUAGAAGCAAGUCCAGCCAUCGUAAAGAAAGUAAAAAAAGUAGAUCUGCACGGGAUUCUGAUGAUAGUAGUAUUAGGAGCAACAGUCAGUCUGAUUCUGAAAGCAAUGAGUCCAGGACUAGUCCAGCUCGGUCGGAUUCUGACAAGCGACAACGUGAUGCUAAAGGAUCUGACAAUGGUGUAGCCAAGCCAUCUACUAAAACAAAAGUUUCCAAAGCUGAUGGUAGUGAUUCUGAAAUAGACGAACAUGACAGGUCUACUAUCCAAGACUAUUGGCGUGAAAAAGAAGUGCAACACACGGACGAUGCACCAGUGGGUCCCAUGCCCUUAUCUGUUACCGAUAAGCAUCUAACUGAGCACGACUACGGCGGUGCUUUGCUUGCUGGAGAAGGUUCUGCCAUGGCAGCUUUCUUGCAAUCAGGAAAGCGUAUUCCUCGUCGUGGUGAAAUUGGCCUCACUUCAGAAGAAAUUGUAAACUACGAGGAUGCUGGAUUUGUCAUGUCCGGCUCAAGACAUCAGCGAAUGAAUGCAGUUCGUAUCCGAAAGGAAAAUCAGGUUAUUAGCGCAGAAGAAAAAAAAGCUUUGCUCAUGUUCUCCCAAGAAGCAAAUAUGAAGAAAGAGGCAGAGAUUAUUGGCACAUUCAAAGAACUGGUUGCCAACAAACUACGAGGAAAAAAUGCUGAUGAAGCUUAA